ACCAGUCUGCGCUGCGCCACUUCCCUCCCAACUUCACUCCUGCAUGGUGACUCCUUUUUCCUCGUCAUUCUUUUCCCCCUUUCCGCUUCUUCUUCUUCUUCUUCUUCUUCUUUUCAUGUUUUUCUUUUGUUUGUUGUAAUGACAUCGCUGGUUUUCCUGCCCGCCGGUGGACGGGAUGCUGCCGGCUAUGGUCGCCCCCUCUCCAGCUAAACGUUCCGCUUCCCCCGAAGCGAGCACUUUCGGAUGUGCUGACUUACCGGAUUGAAUGGGGGGGGGGGGGGGGAGGAAACCGAUUUUGGAGACUUUACGCAUCGGCUUGAGGGAUGAUUAACUUUGACUUGCUUGUAAAUGUGAUUUAACAUUUACACGGGGAGUGUUUAUAAUCUUGAAGGGAAACUUUUUUUCAUAUUUUUUCCUCAUUACCCUGGAGAUCCAACUUUCAUUUGCACCCGUGUGGAUUUCUUGCUUCGAUUCGAUCUCAGCGGAUAAUCAUGGCUCCGGGGGCCCAACCGAGCCGGCUUUGGGCUCUCCGCUUGGCCCUGGUCCUGGUUCUGAGCGCCGUGUCCGGCGCGUACGCGUGCCCGCACAAGUGCAGCUGUUCCGGAUCCCAUGUGGACUGUCAGGGUCUCGGGCUCAAGACCGUGCCGAAGGGGAUCCCGCGCGGGGCUGAGCGCCUAGACCUGAACAGAAACAACAUCACGAGGAUCACCAAAGUGGACUUCUCUGGCAUCAAGAACCUCCGAAUUCUUCACCUGGAGGACAACCAAAUCAGUGUCGUCGAGAGAGGAGCCUUCCAAGACCUUCGACUGCUUGAGAGACUGCGCCUAAACAGGAACAGACUCAUGCUGCUGCCGGAACUUCUCUUCCAGUCCAAUCCCAAACUGGGCCGACUGGACCUGAGCGAGAACCAGAUCCAGGCGGUGCCGAGGAAAGCCUUCAGAGGAAUCACCAACGUCAAGAACCUGCAACUGGACAGCAACCACAUCAGCUGCAUUGAAGAUGGAGCUUUCCGAGCCCUCCGCGAUCUGGAGAUUCUCACUCUCAACAACAACAACAUCACCCUCAUCCCGCUUUCCAGCUUCAACCACAUGCCCAAGUUGCGGACGCUUCGCCUGCACUCCAACAACCUCCACUGCGACUGCCACCUGUCCUGGCUCUCCGAUUGGCUGCGGGCGAGGCGAGGCCUGGCGCCCUUCACCCAAUGCAUGGCCCCCGCCCACAUGAGGGGCCUGAAUGUCCCCGACGUACAGAAGAAGGAUUUUCUCUGCGGUGGCCCCGCCCACGCCGAGCCCAGGACGUGUACGCCCCUGGUGGCCGUGUGCCCGCCCAGCUGCACCUGCAACAACAACAUCGUGGACUGUCGCCGCAAAAGCCUGACGGAAAUCCCCGCCAACCUUCCGGACGGCAUCGUGGAGAUUCGUUUGGAGCAAAACCUGAUCAAAAGUGUCCCGCCAGGAGCCUUUUCGUCCUACAAGAAGCUCAAGAGGAUAGACUUGAGUAAGAACCAGAUUUUCGACAUCGCCGCCGACGCCUUCAGUGGCCUCCGCUCGCUCACCUCCCUGGUGCUUUAUGGCAACAAGAUCACGGAGCUACCGAAAGGACUUUUUGACGGCCUGGUGUCUCUGCAGCUACUCCUCCUGAAUGCCAACAAGAUCAAUUGUCUUCGGGUCAACACCUUCCAGGACCUGCACAACCUCAACCUUCUGUCGCUGUACGACAACAAGUUACAAACCAUCAGCAAGGGACUUUUCACACCACUGCGCUCCAUCAAAACUCUUCAUCUGGCCCAGAAUCCCUUUAUGUGCGACUGUCACCUGAAGUGGCUGGCCGACUUCCUGUUCGACAACCCCAUCGAGACCAGCGGGGCGCGCUGCAGCCACCCCAGAAGACUGGCUAACAAGCGCAUCAGCCAAGUGAAAGGCAAGAAGUUCCGCUGCACAGGUCAAGAGGACUACCGCAGCCGUCUGAGCGGCGAAUGUUUCCAGGACCUGGUUUGUCCCGAGAAAUGCCGCUGCGAGGGCACCGUAGUCGACUGCAGCAACCUGAAACUCACCCGCAUUCCCGCGCACAUCCCGGAACACACGACCGACCUGCGGCUGAACGACAACGAGAUCGCCUUACUGGACGGAAUCGGGAUGUUCAAGAAGCUGCCGAAUUUGAGGAAAAUCAACCUGAGCAACAACAAGCUCCGGGACAUCCGCGAGGGAACUUUCGACGGGGCGUCCGGGGUUCUGGAGCUUCUCCUGACCGGCAACAAGCUCACAGGACUGCAGGGACGAAUGUUCCGAGGCCUCACUGGCUUGAAAACGCUAAUGCUGCGGAGCAACCAGAUCAGCUGCAUCGACAACACGACAUUUACGGGCCUGAGCUCGGUGCGUCUGCUGUCCCUCUACGACAACCGGAUCUCCAGCAUCGCUCCGGGAGCCUUUGCCACCCUGCACUCCCUCUCGACUAUUAACCUCCUGUCGAACCCGUACGUGUGUGACUGUCACCUGGCCUGGCUCGGUCAGUGGCUUAAGAAGACCAGGGUCGUGAGUGGAAACCCUCGCUGCCAGAGGCCCGCCUUCCUCAAGGAGAUCCCGAUCCAAGACGUGGCCAACCCCGACUUCACGUGUGACGGUGGCGAGGAUAACGGCUGUCUUCCUACAUCUGGCUGCCCUGACGUCUGCACAUGCUCAGACAGCGUGGUGCGAUGCAGCAACCGAGGGCUGCACUCGCUGCCCAAGGGCAUUCCCAAGGACGCCACCGAACUUUAUCUGGAGGGUAAUAUGCUGACUUCGGUGCCCAAGGAGCUGGCGGCCCUGAAGCAUCUGUCGCUGGUCGACUUGAGCAACAACAGCAUCAGCACGGUGGCAGCGUACACUUUCAGCAACAUGACUCAACUGGCCACACUCAUCCUGAGUUACAACCAGAUUCGCUGCAUCCCGGUCCACGCCUUCGACGGUCUCAAGUCUCUCCGCCUCCUCACUCUCCAUGGAAACGACCUCUCGACGAUCCCCGAUGGAGCGUUCAACCACCUGACCGCUUUGUCCCACCUGGCUCUGGGUGCCAACCCCUUGUACUGCAACUGCGACCUCCGCUGGCUCUCCCAGUGGGUGAAGGCUGGCUUCAAGGAGCCCGGCAUCGCUCGCUGCACCGGACCCCCUGACAUGGCCGACAGGCUGCUGCUGACCACACCGCUCAACAAAUUCCAGUGUAAAGGUCCCGUGGAUAUUGGGCUCGUGUCAAAGUGCGCCCCCUGCGUGGCGGAUCCCUGCCAGAAUAACGGCACGUGCGUGUCCGACGCGUCCGGGUCCUACCACUGCACCUGUCCGUUUGGAUUUAAGGGUCAGGACUGUGAGACGGCCAUUAACGCCUGCAUUAGCUUUCCCUGCAUGAAUGGGGGGACGUGUCACCUCCAGCCGGGCCUCGAGGACCACUUCAGCUGCGUGUGCCCGCCGGGCUUCGAGGGCCAACGCUGCGAGGCGAACCCGGACGACUGCGAGGACAACGACUGCGAGAACAACGCCACCUGCGUCGACGGGGUCAACAACUACACUUGCGUCUGUCCGCCCAACUACGCAGGUGACUUGUGUGAGGAAGUCCUGGAUCCCUGUCUCCCCGGUUUUGACCCCUGCGAGCACGAUUCCAAGUGCGUCCACGUCGGUCGCAGUUAUAGGUGCGAGUGCUUGCCGGGGUACGUGGGCCAUUUCUGCGAGCAGGACUACGACGACUGCCUGGAGAACAAGUGUCAACACGGCGCCGAGUGCGUGGACGCGGUCAACGGCUACACGUGCGUCUGCAAGGAGGGCUUCAGCGGGCUGUUCUGCGAGAAUCCCCCGCCGAUGAUUUUGCUGCAGACCAGCCCCUGUGACCAGACCGACUGCCAAAACGGCGCCCAGUGCCUGCUGGUGUCCGGCGAGCCCGUCUGCCGCUGCAUGCCCGGUUUCUACGGCAACAGAUGCGACAAGAUGGCCACCGUCCAUUUCCUGGGACGCGAGGCGUACGUGGAGCUCCCCGGCGCGAAGCUCCGCCCCAACGCUCACAUCGUGUUCCAGGUGGCCACCGACAAAGACAAUGGUAUUUUGUUGUAUAAGGAGGAUCACGACCCGCUGGCUCUGGAACUGUACCAAGGGCACAUCCGACUCAUCUACGACAUGGCGAGCUAUCCUCCCACCACCGUGUAUAGUGUUGAGUCUGUCAACGACGGGCUUUUCCACACCGUCGAGCUUUUGAUUCAGAACCAUUCGCUCAGCCUGGUGGUGGACAACGGCGCCCCCAAGAGCCUGGGGAAGCUGGCGCGCCAACCCACCGUAGACCACAACACACAGCUUUACAUAGGAGGCGUGCCCUACCAGGUGAUGGCCUCGGGGUUGCGGCCGGGCCCGGAACGUUCGCCUCAGGCCUUCAACGGUUGCAUCCACAAUGUUCAGAUCAACGGGGAGGCGCAGGACCUGAGUUACCGAGCCACAGGAGGGCGACCGGUCGAGGGCAAGGGCGACGGCGUCCUGGUGGGCUGUCACUCGUGCAGCGUGUGCGCUCAGGGAACGUGCAGGGAGGGCGGCGAGAUGGGCGUCACCUGCCAGUGCCCGCACGGACGCAGCGGGACCUUGUGCGAACGGGUCACGGCGCCGAACCCCUGCCAGGCCAGCAGAUGUGUCCACGGCUUAUGCGUUCCCAAGGGGGCGUCGUACGGCUGCAAGUGCAGCGAGGGUUACCAGGGCCAGUUCUGCGAGCGCCAGCAGGGGCCCGCGGCCUGCAGGGGGCAGCGGUGCGGGCACGGCGAGUGCAGAGUGUCCGAGGCCGGGGAGCCCGUCUGCAGCUGUUUGCCCGGCUACGCCGGCGCCACCUGUGACACCGAGUUGACGUGCGAAGGCGAGCUGGUGCGGGAGCAGCUGAAGCGCCACCAAGCCAUGCGCACGUGCACGUCCACCGGCAAGAUCCCGCGCGUGGACUGCCUCCGAUCGUGCCAGGCGGCGGCGCCCGCCGGCGUCUGCUGCGGCGUCACCAAGACCCGCAGGAGGAAGGCGGUGUUCCGCUGCACCGACGGCACGUCCUACUCCGAAGAGAUGGAGACGGCCCUGGAGUGCGGCUGCGCCAGGUGCCCGUUGUAACGGCGCCGCCCGCCCCCAGCCCCGCCCCGCCCCCGCCCGCGUCUUGUGAAUUUGGCACCGCCAUCAACACAAAUCCGCGUUUUGUUUACACAUAUCCCGUUCGACGGCCGCCAGUUUGCUGCAGGAGAAACCACAAAGGGGACACGUGUGCGUGCGUGUGUGUUUGCGCGUGUGUGAGUGCAGAGAAAUAUAUUGUAAGAUACGAGUGAGGAGGAGAGAAAAAAAAAAAAACUAUAGAACUUAUUUUUAUUAUGAAUUUUCUUCUCCUAAAAGACGAUAAAGGACUGAGAUGUUUGUUGAAAUAUUUUGAUUAUACAACGUGCUACAUAGGAUGAUUUUAUUUUGUACCUUGUAAGAACGUAAAGCUACACCACCGGAUAGAUUAACAUUCCUUUAAAAAAAAAAAAAAAAAAAAAAGUAUUAGAAAUUAUAUGUAUGUAUAAAUCAAUAUUGAAAUCAUACCCUAAUCCAAUUAAUUGUAUAUUUAGUGUAUUUGCAUGAGCUUGUCGUGUGGGAGGCUUUGGACACUUUGGACCUUCACUCGCUCCCUUUUUUGGCCUAAAAGGGGAACCGUACGUGCCUAGCUAGGAGAGAAAAAAAAAAAAAAACAUAGACAUCAUCCUCAUCUUUGAGAUUCUUCCACAGAUGUAUUUUUGUAACGUUUUGUAACAAAAGUUUUCUAUAAAUCCACUGUUUUUGAAGCAAGCUAUGACACGGGUGGACAACCUACAGCCACAGAGCUAUCAAUAUGAAUACUGUAUAAAAAAUAAUAAUCCUGAUCUAGGGCCAUGAAUCGGCUAACCUCGCUUCACCACGCGACGUCUCGUCUUUCUAAUGACAUUUUUCCGUAUGGGACUUCUUCAGAUUUCUUCUGAUGGGGUAAAACCAAAGCCGCAGCGCCGACAGAUAGCUCCUGAACCACCGCACGAAAUGUUAACGGAACUUUUUAUGGGUUGUUUUCACGCGACGUCACCCGUUGUGCUACCUCCAACGGCGGCCAUUUUCCAUCCCUGAGCUCCGUCACUCAUACGUACGCAAGGUAGACGACAUUAUGUUUCGAACUGCAUUUAUCGAAGAUGCGACCGACAGCGCAUCAAGCCCAGACCGACUACGAGGCUACGUGGCAUCCACACAUCACGGGGCUCGGGACUGCGUCACAAAGGCGCAGUCUUGUUCCCUCGAUUGUUUUUUUUUUUUUUUGUUACUCUAUGUGACGGAAACCACGAAGGAGGAGCAGUGGGAUUGGACACUUGUCUGCUCAAGACACUUCGUAAAUGGUUAGUUCAGUAUCAUUUUUUUAUAGUUAGCUUGUUGUAGCUAACGAAAAUUGCUGGAGUGUGUGCUGAGCUCUGUAACGUCCGUGCGCCAUUCCUCGUUGAAGCAUAAAAGCAUAUUCCGCUGCCUUUCGUUUACCGUGUUAGCAUACAGCUAAUUGCCCAUGUAAAAAAAAAAAUAUAUAUAUAUAUAUAUAUAUAUAUAUGGGCACUUACCUGUAUGCUAACAGGGAAAACAAAAGGCGGUGGAAUAUCAAGUGAAACCUGUAUAUUAGUUCACCACAAGCAAAGCGAAAUGUUUAUGAUUUGCUUAAAGUUUGGUGGCAGAAAGACAAAAGAAUAAACAAAUCCAGUAUUUCAGAAAAUUCUAGAAUCUUUUAAGUGACUAAAGAAAAAAAGGAUCCUAACUGUAAUGUUGGCCUUCUGAAAAGAUGAUCGAUUAAGCUGGUUAGCUUAGCUCGGCGACACGUCGAUGGAGGUUGAAGCCGGGCAGCGUGAUAGCAGCGUCUGGCAAUCGUCCGCAAAGCCAAGUCUCCGUGAAGCACAGAGCCGCGGAACGUCCGAGGUCUUUCGCCAGAAGCGUUAGACGAUGUCCCGGCUUCCGCGGCCGGACUCGUGUACCGGCUCGCGAGGCUUUGAAGAGCUAGCGACUAGCAACUCUGGGAAAAGCUUCUGCAAAUUGGCGAGAGUUGUCGAAGAAAAGUCAGAAGAAGGCUCACUGAUGGUUGGUAAGUCCUCUCCUGUGUACUUAAGUCCCGAGAUGCCCGCGAAACACAGAGACAAAAACAGUAACAGAGAGCAUUCCGGAGACUUCCACACUCGUAGGCGUUAGGUAGGGAGAUUAAAUGGCGGGGUAUAGUGGAGUAUGAGUAAUUCAGCAAAAAAAAAAAAAAGUGAUGUCAGUGAAAACAACCCAUAUUACGCUAUUUUAAGCUCGGUUGUCACAAAUGACUGCUUUAAAACGUCCCAAACUUUGCUAGGUGUGCCUUGGAAUAUGGGGGGAAAAAAAAUGUAAAAAUCAGAUUUCAUGUCGCUGCUGCGACCCGGCGUUGGAAGGAAGCAACAACGGCGUCGCGAAAGGUUGAAGUAGUGCCUUGAUUUUCAAAGAUGUCAUGGGAGGGGGGAAAGAAAAAAAGGUUUUGGUUCCCAAAGCAGUGAACGCCACAACACAAAAAAAAAAGUUGAUGCAGCAACAGCCGCACAACGCAGAAAAGGAAACUGCUGCGUCCAAAAAAAAAACAA